AGUUGAGUGAGACAUUCUAGGUGACGGAGCACUGUGAAGCGAGGCAGAUGAAAGAGGAGCUGAACAGCCCUGGUUCCGAUGGACAAACGCAAAAGGGAAUCCGGCGGCGGCUUAUCCUAGCGGCGUCGGGCUUGGUGAAGGAGCUGAGGCUGAGCUGUUGGUGAAGGAAGCCAAGACAGAGAAAUGGAGAAAGUAAGCAUUCCAUUCACUAAUCAAAAUCAGUUCCCACACCGACCAAGCCAGAGAAGCCAGAGAAGGAAGAAGAGAAACGUUUACACCCAUCUUAAGUCUCUCAUUGGACUACCGAAUCAGCUGAGUGAUGGCUUCUCCUGGACACUUUUGAAGUGCAUCCCACAUGACCAGAACAGUCAUUUGGUCCAGCUGCUUCGUCCUUUUAUUGCAGAAUGCAACUCCAAGUUAGCAGUGGCCCUUACCAUUAUGGAGGAAAGUUUUCUUCCAAUGGUGGAUCCUAAAACGGGCACAGACAUGAUACCUCAAGUUAUCUAUAAUUGGGGAUCACAGCCCGGGCGUCUGAACUACCGCGGAUUUUACACUGUUGUUUUGGAAGACGACGACAUUAUGGUGUCCGUGGCAACAAUUAGGAUCCAUGGGACUAAGGUAGUGGAGUUACCUUCAAUUGCAACUUGCAGCAAAUCCUGCCGCAUGGGAAUGUGCCGCCGGCUUAUGAAUUGCAUAGAGAAGGUAUAUAGAAAAGGAACGGGAAGGGGGAAUCGAGGGGAAUCGGGAAAGAAAGAAGAAAGGGGAAACGGGAAAGAAAGAAAGAAAGGGAAAGAGUAUAAAGAAGGAACGGGAAGGGGGGAAUCGAGGGGAAUCGGGAACAAAAGAAGAAAGGGGAAACGGGAAAGAAAGAAAGAAAGAAAGAAAGGGAGAGAGUAUAAAGAAGGAAUGGGAGGAAAUAGGAAGCAGGGAGGGGAAGAAAAUUAAGUUAUUUAGUUAAUUAAGUUAUUUAAUUAUGUUGAAAAUAGAAAAUUAAUUAUUUAAUUAAUCAAGUUAUCUGUCAGGCACCCUUUCUAAAUUACAAACUACUCUGUCAAUCAUUUAAAGCUGGUUACUAGUACGAUUCUGAAGUAUGUUAAUUUCGCAUCAUCUACUAUUGAGUUUCUUCUCUCUGGCUGUUUUUAUUGGUCCAUCAGUUUCACUUCCCCCCUUUACCUGUAUGGUGUGUAUACUAUGAAGUAUGUAGAGAUAUAAUAGCCUCAUAGGUAUUAUUUUGAACUGCUGAGUGGAAAACCAUUGCUAGGGUUGCAUUCUGUAGGUGGCUAAGAUGACUAGGUGGUUCUAUGGGGGUAUACUAUGUGUUACAAAUGAGUGGGAAUGGUGCUUACACUGAAGUGCCACAAUUAAAGAAGCCGUUUCCCUAUUUCUAUUAGGAGCAGCGGAGGUGAAGAAAGGGGGAAAGGGAAACGGGGAAAGAGAAGAAGAAGAAGAAGAAGAAGAAGAAGAAGAAGAAGAAGAAGAAGAAGAAGAAGAAGAAGAAAGGGAAACAGGUAUAAGUGAAGGAGUAGAGAGAAGGAACGGGAAAGAAAGAGGAAGCAGAAAGGGAAAAUUAAGACAGAGGAAGAGAAGAGAAAAUUAAGUUGUAUAAUUUAUUUAAUAAAAGAACUGGGUUUCAUUGAAUUCAUAAUAACUUGUACAAGGGUUUUAUCAUUCUCCAAGUUCGUUUCCUGCUUUGAAGAUAGUUCGUGCCUCCAGUUACAUUGAAAUCUAGUCUUGACUUAUGUUUCAUCAUCUGUCAGGCACCCUUAUUAAAUUAGAAAUUGCUAAUCAAAGGAAAUAAGAACACUGGGAAGCUUUUCUUAAUGCCAGCUGGUACCAAGGGCCAACUUUAGGUCUUUAGCAAUUCUAAAGUAUGUUAUUUUCACUUCAUCUACUAUUGAGUUUCUUCUUUUGGUACCAACUACCAAGGUCUAUUGUGAAGAUCCAGGCCUCAGUUACAUUUGAAACUAGAAAUUUAGUCUUCUGUAAACUCAUGUUUUUGUGUUGAGAUAUAUAAUAAUAGCCUCAUAGGUAUCUUGUAUUACUCCUGUUCGCUACUUAUCUCCACAUAUGACUUUUCAUGGUCAUCGUGAAAACGAAAAUGUGUCGAGAUUUAUCCUGCUAGGAAUUUUCUCACAACACCAGUAUCUUCAGUUAAAUACAGUUGAGCUUGACGACCGAUUGGAGGCCACCUGGAUUCCCAUCCAAUCUUAGCCUUUGAGAAACUGCCUGGGAAGUUUCAUUUCCAAUUCAGAAAGCUUGACUUUGCCACAGUCAUGUACGAGUUGUGAGCGGUUAUUUCUACUGGAUAAGGAGUGCUGGCAGCCUCAUGAUGGGUCUCUUGCUCGGGUUUCAAAUAGAGACUGUUCAGGGUUUGUCAGUACGAAAAAAGAAUUGAGAUCUCUGCUUUCCUUGUCACAAACACUUGGUAUUGCAAUAAUAUAUCCCAGGGAUUUGCGCAAGGUGAGAAGCACUUUGAGACCAAGCCUGCAAACUCAGAGAAGAAUUCUGCGAGUUCGAAGAGACUUGCACAAGGUGAGAAGCAGUUUGAGAAGAAUUCUGCGAAUGAGGAUCUUCUGCUGGCGACAAAAUCAGCGCAUUCGAGGUCACCUGCGAACUAAGAGUUCUGUUCGAGACAAAGCUGAAGUGGCUUGGGAUGACAUCUGAUUUUCAGUUGGCCGACGGUGUCUAGGAGGGCUCCUCGCUUGGCCUGUAGGUCUCCGGUGACGCGAACGUUCGCACAUCUUGUCCAACCAGAUUCGCAUCUCCUUCGCCCAAUCACUUUUCGGCCAGCUUCUCCACUUUUCUGCCGUCAACCUUUUGCGCUAGCUUCUCCCCUUUUCCGCGCUAAGCAUCAUGGUCGGAUCUUCCAAGCUCCCUGCGCAGUUCCUCUCCGCCUUGCGUAGACACACGCUUCUCAGUGUUUGCGCGCAAACCAGAGGCAGCUGAUCUCAAUGUUCCCUAUGCUGCUCCAUUUAUUUAUCGUGUGACUUAGAUCGAAGCUUCCGAGGGACAACGGCUCUGAUACCAAUGUUAGGGACCUCAACAUUAGGGACCUCAACAACGCAGCAGAAUUUUAGUAUUAUAUUGAUUAAAAAACUAAGAAGACAGUAGCGAUUGCAAUGGUUGAAACGAGAGAUCAACGUAAACUGAAAAUAACAUGGUUGAGACUUGAAAAGAGGCCUCACUCUCCCAGCCUAAUUCCAACUGAAAUUCUGCCUACCUUCUUCCUCCCUCCUUCCCCCUUUUAUAUCAUUUCUCUUCUUAAGGGCUGGCCCAUAUUUCAUGAAUUACAUGGCCCAAAACAUUAAUUUAUACAAUUUACACUCUAUUAAUAAUACUCUAUUAUUCUUAUUGUUAUUGGCUGUCCAUGUCCCUAUCAAAUAAUGAUCAAACUCCACUUACUAAUAAAAACUUUGGAAUAUUAAUUAUUACCAAAGUCACUAUAACUACUUUGUUAUUGCUACUACUGCAGUCAGAGGAUUUGGUGCUAUCCGGAGUUGUUGAUGUUAAUGAGUGUUAUUACUCUUGACGAUGUACACUUGUACUUCGUCAAGUGGUACUGUUUUGACCUUGUAAUAAAUAUGACAUAAAGAAUAUAAAACCAACGUGAUACCCUAUUUUUACUUGAUUUGGGAACAUAUACUAUUAUCAUGAAAUUCAUACUUAACUCCGCGGUCAUCCACCACAUAACUCACAAUAAUUGUUAUUUGCUCUUUGACUGAAUUACUACUUUAUCUAAUAGUCUCCGCUUAUCUUUUUUGCCAUAAGUACUAAUACUAAAUUUGGGAUUGGAAGCAGGGGCAUUUGCUCCCCCAGCACCCAGGUCCUCUAUGCCCUAGCGGGAGUUGUGAGCGGACGAGGAAGACGGGAGAAAGACACUCUCUAAAAUCCCCUUCUGGCUUCAAAGAACAAGACACUAUCCGGUUUUAAUAAGUAAUUCAAUAUCCUAAUUUUGAAAUAACUUUCUGUCCCAUAUAUGAGACUUCUCGUCGUUGUUAAAAGCAUAUAAAGGGGUUCUAAAUUUUGAAGCCAUUUGAAAAAUCAAUGCGUUUUUAUACAUUUUUUAAUAAAAUAACUUUAUGUGGCUCAAUAUUAAUUCUUAUCAAUGGGAGUAUAUAUGCUUGAUAAGGUCUGCUUCUUUAAGUAUAAGUUCUUAAGUAUUGAUGAAUUUUUUGCUUACAACAAAUGUACUUGAGUGCAGUAAAAGUUUAACUAAUUGUACUUCAUCUAAUCAACCUAGAUAGUUUGAACUUAAUAUUAAUUAGAACCGGGGCGCAGUGAAUUACUGCUCAACUGUAAUACAACAUUUCUCUUCCGAAGUGAGGUUGAAGUCGCUUAAUUAACAUCACUCUUGUUUUGGUUUUGGUUUUCAUAAAUUGAUGUGUUUUAAGUUUCAUCAAUAAAGUCCUUGAUUUAUAAGGACAUAUGAUGCAAGAAAGUUAACAAAUUUGCACUGCCAAACAUCUUCUCAAAACACUGUUGAGGUGUCCAACAAUUUUAUGUUAUCAUUAUCUGUUUUUUAAAGGUGAUUAUGUCUGCUUGUGUCAAUCUUUGGCCAGUUUUGACUUCUUUCUUCUAUCUCUGCUUGUGUCAAUCUUUGUCCAAUUUGUUCUCUGAAUGUGUUCUCUCAGGAGUCACAGCAAGUGUUCUUCCCUUCGCUGCUUUUACCCAGUUCAAGGGUCUAACCAUUUUCCCUCCCUGUUCCUUCCAACAGCGAUGCCUUGUCCGUCAGAUCAGUUAACCCACUGGUCUUUAAGGCCAUUGAGAAACAUUCCCUUUAGCAUCUCUUGGUCAGCAAGUUUGAUAGGAGCUACAACCAUUUCGAAGUGAUCCCGGUACUCCAUUACUGAAUCAGUUUGCCUAAUACUGAGCAUAGGACCAAACGGGUUCUGUACUAAGUCAGGUUGGAAUCGUCGGAUCAAAGCCUCUUUGAAGUUAACCCAAUAAUGGUCAGCUGUCUGUUCAUCCCACCAUUGGUACCAGUCCAGAGCCUUAUCGGCCAUGGCGAUUAAGAGUUAAGACUAUCUCCACCUUGUCAUAAUCUGAUACCUGGUUUAGUUUGAAAUAACGUUCUACCCUGAUAAGCCAUCCAUAAGCAUCCUCACCGCUAAGCAGCGAUAAAUCUACCUUUCUACCCGUAUAGACACGUUCCCCGAACCUCGUAUUAACAGGCGUAAGAACCGAUUGAGAUUCACGCGGGUUACCUCUGGAACAGGACGCGUUCCACUUCCCGACAGUUGGCGUCUGCGAUUUGUCGUCGGUCGACCUCGAGUUCUUCUGCGGUUGCCCUGAACUUUGAGGUUUUGCAUUUUUCCAACAGUGCCUGCAUCCUUUCGUCCAUCAGUGCUCGCAUUUCUGGUCGCAUAUCUGCAAAUCUGCAAUUGAUCGCUCCAGCGAUUUCUCCAGAUUAUCUAUCCGAUGCUCCAUGUUCGAUCUAGUGAGGACCAUACACAGGUGCAACAAUCGUAAGCCUUGAUACCAAUGAUAGGUAGCGUAACAAUCAGUGGAAACUCGUAGUAUGUUGAUGAAGAUUUAAUGACGGAAAACAGAAAAUAACGAGACAAGAAGGUUGAGACUCUUCAAGUGGUCUCGCACUCCCAAAAUCCCAGUCCCGAUCCCAAAAUUAUGCCUUUCCUUCUACUCACAGCUCACCCCUAUUUAUUCUUUUUCUAAUGGGCCACCCACUUCUAUUUAGUUAUAGGGCCUAAACCCCCUAUGUUGUACAAUAUUAAGACGUAGUCGUAUUCUUAUUCUAGUAUUGUCUGAGGUCUCUAUCACUUUAGAGCACUUAAAAUUAUUCUUCUAUGAUGAAGUACCAUAACAUGAUACGUUACAGCACUUCAAAGUAAAACUUGUGGGAGGAGGUUCUGUAUCAUCAUGCUUUACAUUUUACUCGCAUUUGAUAUUUUUUUGUAUACCUUUGAGUACUCAUGUGGUGGAUGCUGAAAAUGAGGGUGGGCGUGCUGAGAAAAAGGCCUCCAAGAAGACUGUUAACUUUAAGGAACUUAAGCGAGUAGAUCAUAUUCUUGCUUCUCGACAAUGAUAGGUGACUUUAGUUAGACUAAAGAUCACUAUGUGUUCCUUUGUAUGAAUAUGCAUAUUAUAGCUGAAAAUUUAUUUAUGGCGUGUUGGAUGGUUCCGCAAAGUACUAGUCAAAUAUUCCCAAAGUAUAGUCUAAGUAGUCUUGCCGAUUUUGCCAACUGAUCAUCAUCAUUUCAUCAUCAUUUUCAUUUACACCUAUGGUGGGGUAAUGGGGGUCGGAUGUACGCAAUCUUACUCGUGUACUAAAGCACAGAGAGAAUGUUUCUGGAUGACCCAUAGUGAAAAUCGCGUCCAAAAUUGCAUGGACUGACUGUUGCCUCAUAACAAAAAAGCGCAGACAAUUUAGUGAGUCGUUUUGUUUUAUUCCAUCUUAUUCUCAAGCCAAAAAACAAUGAAUCUUUGGCUCCAUUGCAAAUGAUGGAAAGUGAUUUUGCCAACUGAUCAUGGUCAAAAUAUCCUCCGUGUUAUGUAAAUAAGAAGGGAAAGGGAAUUUUCUGUUUGUUUUGAUGUCUAUUUUCAGCAGCUAAAUCACAUGUGAUUGGUUGGAUAUAUUAUAUAAUCAUUCUACAUAAUUGUAAUGAUUUGAAGAAGAGUAAUUUUCCCGCUCAGUCUUUUAACCGCACGAUCCAGUUACAUACGGAUCCACGGCUAACACUUGCUGGCUCAGCAGCUCCUUCGUUCUGCAUUUUUAUUUCUCAGAUUUGGAUUUCUAUCCCUCAACCAUAUAAUAAUACGUAUUAAAUGAUUAAAUCACCUUCUCCGUUUUGAUUUGAUUCUAUCACCUUCUCCGUUCAGAUUUCGUUCAGUCACAUUCGCCGUUUGGAUUUCGUUCAGUCGUCUUCGUUAGAAAUCAUUUUAGUUUAGAUGCAUUCAUGGGUCUCUCCAUUUGGGUACGUGAUUUCUCGCUCUCUAUCGGUUCAAAAAAUCACCAGAGAUCGCGUACUUCAUAUGUCAGAGGUGCAUCGAUCAGUAUAUGAGAAGCACAACAUCAGUACUGGAAUCGACACUAUCGAGUGGGUAUCUUCACCGAAUGUUAUUGAAGGAUUUGAAAAGGAUCAUAUACUAUCAUUAUCAGGUUUAUUGGUCUUACUACUUCAAUUCACACAUAUCUUUCAAAUUGAGGGAUUAUGUUCUUAUUACUAACUUUAUUCAUGAUUGCAUUUCUUCUUGCUGUUGUCUCAAUGAAAAAAUAGAGAAGUGGUUCUUUGUUGCAUAUAGGAAAGUGACUUAAUGUUCCUCUUCUUGCAUUUCAUAUUGUUACUGAAUGUGAUCCUUUGCUCCAUAUAGAAAGUUACCUGCUCAAUUUGAUAAAUCGUAAACCAACUCCUUCAUUUGAUCUUGGAGAAUAAAAACUCAUCAUCUAAGUACAAUGUUUACCAGAAUGUGAUAAGUGUGCAAAUAAUAAUGAUGUGAAAAAGUUUAGCUGUUUUUGUCAAGCAUCUCGCCACUUCAACCCUACGAUCGUCCAAAUUAGAUCUACGGCUUUUUUCGCUUCCCAUAUCUGGAAUCGCUUUUCCACUAGAAGAUCCAUCUCAUCUCUCUCUUCCCUCACACAAACCAAAUAGCUCCUCAGGUCUCUCAGCCCUCACCCUUACAGAAACAAGUUAUGCUAAAGACCAAACAACAAAGUACAAUAAUAUGUGUGUGUGUGUGUGUGUGUGUGUGUGUGUAGAGAGUACUCUUCUCGUCAGGCCGGUCUGACGGGAACCUCCGUCCAGCCGAGCCCGUUUGGGCAUCUUCCCGGUGGAAUUUUUUGAUGAAACUUUUUGAGCAUGUUCCUUAUCAAGUCUAGUUUGUCCAUACUAAAUUUCAGCUCAAAAUUCUAUCGGGAAGGCAUCUAAAUCACUUUUUGAAGUUGACUGCGUCAAAAUAUACAUAUAAAACUGCAGUCAACUUCAAAAAAUAAUUUGAAUGCCUUCUUGAUCGAAUUUUGAGCUGAAAUUUGGUAUGGACAAACUAGACUUGAUGGGGAACAUGCUCAAAAAAUUUCAUCAAAAAAUUCCACCGGGAAGGUACCCAAACGGGCUCGGCCGGACGGAGCAGCCAGUCAGGCCGGCCUGACAUGAACUUUUCUCUCUCUCUCUCUCUCUCUAUAUAUAUAUAUAUAUAUAUAUAGCAAACAAGAGUUUAGCAACAGUCUGCUUUCUACUGGAAUUUUUUUGAAUCAGCUUCUUUUAACUAUGAAUAACACCAAGAAUGACUAUUCAUUAUUUCAAUCCACUGAUCUGCAACUAUGCAUUAUGUUAGUUUUCUAAUUUUUAGGAGUUCAACAUAACAUUGAUAAGACAUGCGAGUUUAUGUUUUAAAUCUCAAAGCCUAAGUAAUUUUUUGCCUCUUCAUAGUUAAAAGAAGCUGAUAUAUUUAUAAAUCAAAAGUUUAAAAAGAAGUUGAUAUAUAACAACUGGCAGAUCUAUUCCUCAUGCUUAUUCUAAUCCCUUGCUAUGUAUUUGUGCUAUGCCCGUUCUCUUUUUUAAGUGAAUGUGAUUCUAUGAUUAUCUUUCAUAUAUGGACUUAAGUGAUGGAUUCGAAAUAGUAAGAUCUAUUUGAACUUUUUCCCAAAAUGUAAUUUGGACACAUUGAAACUAUUAGAGAAAUUGUGCUUUAAUAGUGUAGACUAACUGAUUAAAUCUGCAGUACUAAAAGUCUAAUUCCUAAAGAAAUCAAAUCUUUAAUUUUUUUUAGAUCAAUUAUUUCUGUGUGAAAAUAAAAAACCCAGCUUGCGUUGCUGACUUUACAGAGCUUCGAGCGCCACCUGCUGAGGAUCCGAAUCGGAUUCUCGAGAUUCAUCACAUCAGGUUAGAGCUCGAUCUAAGUGGGAAUUGACUGGAUUGGAAGGCAUGGCUUCGAAGCGGAUCCUGAAGGAGCUCAGGGAUCCUCCUACUUCUUGCAGUGCUGGCCCUGUUGCUGAGGACAUGUUUCAUUGGCAAGCAACGAUAAUGGGUCCUCCAGAUAGUCCUUACACUGGUGGAGUUUUCUUGGUUACCAACCAUUUCCCAUCAGAUUACCCCUUCAAGCCACCACAGUUUUCCACCAAAGGUCCUACUUUCGAUCUGCUCUCUCUUGACGGACCCUAACCCUGAUGAUCCCUUGGUACCAGAAAUUGCACAGAUGUACAAGAUUGACAUAAACAAAUACGAGACUACAGCAAGGAGCUGAGCUCAGAAGUAUGCCAUGGAAUAACCUCUGCUUCAAGUAGACCUGGCCCUUGCAUCUCAUUUUAAGUAUUUGAUCAUCAUCGACUCUUUAGUUGUUUAAUUUAAUGGGCAAUGGAGAAGUCUGUGUCUUAAGUGCGAUUAAACAUUUCCUUUGUAUUGUGAUCUGUGAAAAACCCAGAUGAAUUGCUUUCUCCCAAAAAAAAAAUCAAAUCUUUAAUUUAAAUCUGCAGUACCUUAAAUUUAUUUGUCAUAGUUGUAGCUUUACAGGUUUUGUUCAGAUUUGCUUCUUUUGUGUGAUCU